UUGAUGAUGAUUGUCACUGUAUAGAAUAUAGAUAGCUAACUGUGGGUAGUCUACCCACGCCGAGGGUUAAUCCGCUCCGGGUUUCUACCAACGCCGAGCUGUAAGCCCUCAUGCUUGGCCAAAUUCACUUUCAGCUCUACGUAGCUCGCUCAACGACAUUGAUCCAUCAGCUUUUUCGCCGCCUCUUAAACAUUUCAUCAAUGAUCGAUCAAUCCCAACCAAGGGUGAUUUUGCUUGAGUACUUACCAAAUACCGAAAGUUUAAAUUGCGUGAACUAUUCCGAUGCUCUCUUUCAGUAUGCAGUUGAUGGUACGGAGUAUUAAAGAGAUACACGGUGCUCUUAUCCAUCACCAGGAUAUUUACCCGAGGAAUAUGUUGGUUGUAUCCGGUAGUAGGAUUGUAUGGAUUGGUUUCGAUGUCUCAACAACUUUUGAUAUGAUGGGCUCCCGUGAGAAAGAAUACGGCGAAUAUGAAGUCGAUCUUGUCAAAAGUUUCGGAAAGGUUUUGAAAAAUGACCAGAGAGAGGGUCUACCCCCUAACACAAAAUAUUAUUGAACUCGGAUUCCUCAAAAACCAAGUUAUCACGCUAGUGAUCGUAUGCACAUAACUGAAAUAUGGCUCUCUCUCUCUCUCUCUCUCUCUCUCUCUC